AUGAGACCUUACAGGCUUGCCUUUGAGCAUCAUUAUAUAAUAAGGUUACUAACCAAGCGUUAUUUCUGCUAUUCGCCGCAGUUUAACUCUGGUCAUAGCCGAUGGGCCACCAUCCGUCAUGACAAGGGGAAGAAUGAUGCUGCGAAGAACAAGCAGCGAAACGUGUUUGCAAAGGAAAUAGAAUUGGCUUCUAAAUUAUACGGUCCCAAUCCGGAUGAGAACGGUCAACUCGCUGCUGCAAUUGUCGUUGCGAAGAAAGCAGGCUUCCCGAAAACAUCAAUAUCCGCCGCGAUAGCUCGUGGUCGCGGCAUAUCGCCCACCGGCGCAGCUCUCGAGAAUGUUCAUCUGGAAGCUCUGCUCCCGCAAUCCGUCGGGGUGGUCAUCGAGUGUCAGACCGACAGCCGAAUUCGAACGCUUACAGAGCUGCGGCAGGUGGUGAAGAAGUUUGAGGGGAAUGCGACGCCGACACAAUAUCUUUUUGAGAAGAAGGGCCGAAUCAUCUUCGACACUAGGGAUGGAGUAUCCGCGGAAACGAUUCUCGAGGCGGCGAUCGACGCUGGCGCGCUUGAUGUUACGGAUGGCGACGAAGACACAGUUCGGGUCUUCACGAGUCCCAGCGAUGUGAACUUGGUGUCCAGGGGCAUGGGCAACCAGUUGGGUUUGGAAAUCAAAGCCGCCAAUAUCAUCUGGGAUCCCAAUGAAGAUACAACGGUUCCAUUGGACGAUGGGAAGGCAGAAGAGCUCUGCAGUUUUAUAGAGGCCUUGGAGGAGGUACAAGGGGUGCAAGCGGUGUACAUGAAUGUCGCGCAAGGCUCUCUUGGGAAUGAGACAUGGAAGACCUUUCAGUCGACGCUGGAAAUGUAG